AUGAAGAUGACUUUGCAGCUAAGCCUUCCUUUCCAUCUGUUGAGACCUGCAACUGCCUCUGCUUUGACCAGUUGGUUGAGACAUCUUUGCACUUCCCGCCAAUGGUACAAAAAGGAUGCCAAUGAAUCAAAGAAUGAUGCCAUUGAACCUAAAAAUGAUGCCAUUGAACCUAAGAAUGGUGCCAUUGAACCUAAGAAUGAUGCCAGUGAACCAAAAGAUCAGUGGGUUGAAGGGUUGGAGAAGUUAAAGGAAAGAUUCCAGGAGAUUCAUCAUAGAGAUGUUGCAUUCCCCUACUAUGCAGAUAUCUGUGUGAUAGGUGGUGGUGCUGUUGGUGCCUCUGUUGCCUACUGGCUCAAGCAACGCAAUGAAAAGUUGAAUGUUGUCGUCUUGGAAAGAGAUCCAAGUUACAGUUAUGCAUCAAGCACUUUGUCAGUUGGUGGCAUCAGACAACAGUUUUCCUUGCCUGAGAACAUUCAGCUCUCACAAUUCGGCAUCAAUUUUCUCCGCACCAUGGGUCGAAAUCUCCAGGUCGAAGGGAGAGAUCCUCCAAACCCAUCAUUCUCACCACAUGGUUACAUGUUUGCUGCAACUGAAGAAGGAAUGGAUCAGCUAGUCAAAAAUAUUCAUCUUCAGAGAAAGUAUGGUGCCAAAGUGGAGUUGCUUACAGCCAAUGACUUGAAGCAGCAAUUCCCAUGGAUGAAUGUGGAAGGCCUGGCUGGUGCAAGUCAUGGGCUGGAAGGGGAAGGAUCCUUUGAUCCUUGGGCUGUCAUCUAUGCUCUCAAGCGCAAGACCAUCUCCUUAGGAGGACAUUACAUCCAUGGUGAAGCUGUUGGUUUUGCCUUUGACAAAACCCUGGAGGGGGAAUUUUUUGGACACAUAGGCAGUCAGUUCAACCGAAUUGACAAAGUUCUGGUCAAAAUGGACUCAGGUGAGAUGCGUUUUGUGAAAGCUGCUUAUUAUGUGGUGGCUGCUGGAGCCUUUGCAAAGAAUAUUGCAGAAAUGGCAGGAAUUGGGAAAGGAGAAGGUCUGCUUCGUCAUGUUCUCCCAAUUGAACCCAGGAAGCGAUAUGUCUUUGUGUUCCACUGCCCUGAUGGACCAGGAUUUGACUGUCCAAUGUUCAUUGACCCAAGUGGGGUGUAUUUCCGAAGAGAGGGACUUGCAGGAGUGUAUCUCUCUGGCCGAUCACCACCUUCACCUGACCUUGAACCACCUAUAAGCAACUUGGAUGUGGAUUACUCCUUCUUUGAUAAUCAUAUUUGGCCAAUCCUUGCACACAGGGUUCCAGCAUUCCAAGCACUUAAACUUCGAAGUGCAUGGGCAGGAUAUUACGAUACUUGCUACUUUGAUGAAAAUGCAAUCAUUGGACCCCAUCCAUAUCACUCAAACAUGUACUUUGCAGCUGGGUUCUCAGGACAUGGUAUACAGCAGUCCAUGGGAGUUGGUCGUGUUGUGUCUGAAAUGAUCAUUGAUGGGAAGUGUGUUACCAUUGAUCUGGGACGAUUUGGUUUUUCUCGCAUUAUGCUUAACAAGCCCCUAUUAGAAGAAAAUAUUGUUUAG